AUGGGAGAUGUUAAAUACUCGGAUAUCCUGUCCUUCCUGUUUGCCGUUCAUGAGGUCAAUCAGAAUCCCAGGCUCUUACCCAAUAUCAGCCUUGGAUGCAACAUCUAUGAGAACUAUUUUGAUGCUCGAAUUACUUAUGAUGCCAUGAUAGACAUGCUCUCUACUGGGCAGAAGAAUGUUCCAAACUACAUCUGUGGAAGGGAGAGUAAGCUGGCGGCUGUUAUCGAAGGCGUUGACUCUGAAGUCUCUACCCAGAUUUCAGACAUGUCAAAAAACUAUAAAAUUCCACAGCUUCACCUUUUCCUGGCAGAUGUCCAGCUCUACAAUACUUCCGUGGAUGGGGCAUAUUUGGAUGAGAAUGGGGCCCUGGCAGCUGACUUUGAUAUUGUGAAUGUAUUGGCUUUUCCCAAUAAAACCACCGUUCAAAUGAAGGUUGGCAAUAUAAAGAGACAAGCAUCCGGUCCAGAUGUAAAUCUCACCAUUGACCAGGAUGACAUUGCGUGGCCCAGGCAAUUUCACCAGGCUGUGCCUCGCUCGAGAUGUACCAAUAGCUGUCUCCCUGGAUAUGCCCAGGAGGUUCAAGAAGGCAAGCCCUUUUGUUGUUACAGCUGCUCUCCUUGCCCAGAAGGGACCAUCUCUGCUCAGGAAGAUGCAGACCACUGCACCAAAUGUCCAGAAGAUCAACACCCUAACAAGGACAGAGAUCAAUGCACCCCCAAAAUUAUCACCUUCCUGUCCUAUGAUGAAUAUCUGGGGACCCUCUUGGCUUCCACUGCCCUGUUUUUGUCCUUAAUCACAGGCCUUGUUUUAGGAAUAUUCAUUAAAUAUAUUGACACUCCCAUUGUCAAAGCCAACAACAGGGACCUUUCCUACAUCCUCCUUGUCUCCCUCCUCCUUUCCUUUUUGUCCUCCUUUCUGUUUAUAGGCCGGCCAAGGAAAGUGACCUGCCUUCUCAGGCAGACCGCCUUUGGCAUCAUCUUCUCAGUUGCUGUCUCUUCUUUGUUGGCAAAAACUAUUACCGUUGUGAUGGCCUUCCUGGCCACUAAGCCAGGAAACCGGGUGAGGAGAUGGCUAGGAAAGAGUCUGGCUAAUUCCAUUGUUAUUUCCUGUUCCGGUAUCCAAAUUCUCAUCUGUGUCAUCUGGCUGGGUACCUCUCCUCCAUACACAGCCUCUGACAUGCACUCCCAGGCUGGAGAGAUCAUCCUGCAAUGCAAUGAAGGAUCUGUUGUCAUGUUUUACACUGUCCUCGGCUACAUGGGCUUCCUGGCGGCCAUCUGCUUUACGGUGGCUUUCCUAGCUAGAAAGCUUCCAGGGUCCUUCAAUGAAGCCAAGCUGAUCACCUUCAGCAUGCUGGUAUUCUGCAGUGUUUGGGUGUCUUUUGUGCCCACCUAUCUGAGCACCAAGGGGAAGUACAUGGUGGCUGUGCAGAUCUUCUCUAUGUUGGCCUCCAGUGCUGGGCUUCUGGGCUGCAUCUUCCUUCUCAAGUGCUACAUUAUUGUGCUGAGGCCUGAUCUGAAUACAAAAGAGCAUCUCAUGAUGAAGACAAAUGAAGGUGUUUGA